AUGAGAAAUACCAACAAUAGGAGGAGAGGUAUACAUUGGAAAUUUAUGUCCACCUUAGAAGACCUGGAUUGUGCAGACGAUCUUGCACUUAUUUCCAGCAAACACAGCGACAUGCAAGAAAAGACCAGGAGAUUGCAUGACGUCACUGAAUAUACUGGCUUAAAAAUUAAUGUAGACAAGACAAAAAGCAUGAGAAUAAAUGGAAAGAAGAAUGAUGCCAUCAGGUUAAAUGAUAAGGAAGUAGAAGAGGUUGAAACAUUUCUCUACCUGGGUGCCACAAUGGACAAGACAGGAGGAACUGAGGCAGACAUAGGGAGAAGGCUAGGCUUAGCCAGGACUGCUUUUGCAUCCCUUACCAAAGUAUGGAAGUCAGCACAAUACAGCACUAAGACCAAACUUAAGAUCUUCAACACAAAUGUUUUAUCUGUGUUGCUGUAUUGUUCUGAACUAUGGAGAACCACAGAGAAAGAUGACGAAAAGCUGGACACAUUCCAUCGGAAAUGCCUUAGGAGGAUCUUAAAAAUACACUGGCCUGAAAAGAUAUCUAAUCAACAACUGUAUGACAGAACAAGAUCCAUACCUCUAUCAAGGACGAUCAAAGGAAGGUGA